AGGGAAUCCAGCUACCACCACCCAAAGCCAGCGUCUGCUUUCUGUCCUCAUUUCCUUUUCCCACCCAGCUCUGAGAGCAGAGAAAGGCAGAGGGAGCGAGAGAUUGAGACAGUCAGAGGGACAGACAGACAGCCAGAAGAGAGCGGGAGGGAGGAGGGCGGAGGAGGAGGAGCAGGAGGAGGACUACGCGGGGCGCGUUCCCUCCCAGCUGCCGGGCUCCCGCGUCGCUGCCGCCGCCGGAAAACAGACGCCCCCCGAAGCCCCUCGCCUGGCUCGGACCCACGGAGCCGGCAGCCCAGCACUCCGAUGGGAGCUUGCCUGCCUGUCUACCUAUUGGCCUGGACCCCAGAGCCUGCCCAGCUAAGUGCAUGCAGAGGGCCCUGGGUUCGGGGUGAUUCUCAGGCUGCCGAAGAGACCACCCUGGAAUCACUGGCGAAGACAGGCCUUUGCUGCUGAGCUGGGCCUAUCUGCACAGCUUGCUCAGGAUUGAUAUGAAGAAUUAAAUGAAACGAUGCCUGGACAGCUUCCAGCCCAGUGCCUGGCGCCCAGUAGGUGCUCACUAAACCUGAGCUGCGAUGGUCCUUUCCAGGCGCUGUCCACGCCCCGAGGCCUGGGCUCAGGCCAAAGUUGCUUCACAACACCCCCAGCUGACAGCCAGCGACUGGCAGAGCCCCCAGGCACGGGGGCCCUCUCUCUUCCAGAGAUCUCCAGUGUGACAGCCCAGGCGGCAGAGCCGAGGGUCCUGGUCCCGGCUUCUCGCACCCUCAUGUCAGUCCCGGCCCCGCCCGGCGGCCCUCGGAGGACAAGGUCAGGAUGCGUGUGAAGCCCCAGGGCCUGGUGGUGACUUCCAGUGCCGUGUGCAGCUCUCCUGACUACCUCCGGGAGCCCAAGUACUACCCCGGCGGCCCCCCCACCCCCCGGCCCUUGCUUCCUGCCCGGCCCCCUGCCAGCCCACCUGACAAGGCCUUCGCCCACACUUUCUCCGAGAACCCGCGCCCACCCCCACGCCGGGACCCCAGCACCCGGCGCCCACCAGUCCUUGCCAAGGGGGACGACCCACUGCCCCCGAGGGCAGCCCGUCCUGUCUCCCAGGCCCGCUGCCCCACACCCGCGGGAGACAGCAGCAGCAGCUCCCGAAGGCGCUGGGACAACGGGCGGGCGACCCUGCGUCCAGUGGUCCAGCUGAUCGACAUCAUGAAGGACCUGACCCGGCUCUCCCAGGACCUGCAGCACAGCGGCGUGCACCUGGACUGUGGUGGUCUCCGUCUCAGCCGCCCCCCCGCCCCGCCCCCCGGGGACCUGCAGUACAGCUUCUUCUCCUCACCUAGCCUGGCCAACAGCAUCCGAAGCCCGGAGGAGCGGGCCACCCCCCACGCCAAGUCCGAGAGGCCCAGCCACCCCCUGUACGAGCCUGAGCCUGAGCCUCGGGAUAGCCCCCAGCCUGGCCAAGGCCACAGUCCCGGAGCCACGGCCGCGGCCACGGGUCUGCCACCAGAGCCUGAGCCCGACGGGCCCGAUUACUCAGAACUUGCUGAUGCCGACAUCCUUAGUGAGCUGGCCUCCCUCACUUGCCCCGAGGCCCAGCUGCUGGAGGCCCAGGCCCUCGAGCCACCGUCGCCUGAGCCUGAGCCUCAGCUCUUGGACCCCCAACCCCGCUUCUUGGACCCGCAGGCUCUAGAGCCACUCGGGGAAGCUUUGGAGCUGCCGCCCCUGCAGCCCCUGGCUGAUCCUCUGGGGUUGCCAAGCCUGGCGCUACAGGCUCUGGACACCCUGCCCGACUCCCUGGAGUCGCAGCUGCUUGACCCGCAGGCACUUGACCCCCUGCCCAAGUUGCUUGACGUCCCCAGCCGCCGCUUGGAGCCCCAGCAGCCCCUGGGACCCUGCCCACUGGCCGAGCCCUUGCGCCUGGACUUGUGCUCACCCCAUGGCCCUCCGGGGCCUGAGGGUCACCCCAAAUACGCCUUGCGGCGCACUGAUAGGCCAAAGAUCCUGUGUCGCCGACGGAAAGCCGGACGGGGACGCAAGGCAGACGCCGGCCCCGAGGGCCGCCUGCUGCCCCUGCCUAUGCCCACAGGGCUGGCUGCUGCCCUGGUGGAGCCGCCCCCACCGCCUCCGCCUCCGCCUCCUGCCCUGCCCGGGCCAGUCCCCAUCCCGGAGCUGGAGCCCGAAGCCUCCCAGACCCCGGUGGUCCCUCCCCGCAAAAGCAAGUGCCGGGGUGUCCGGCGCAUGGUGGUGAAGAUGGCCAAGAUCCCCGUGUCCCUGGGACGGCGAAACAAGACCACAUACAAGGUGUCGUCUCUGAGCAGCAGCCUGAGCGUGGAGGGCAAGGAGCUGGGCCUGCGCGUGUCCGCGGAGCCCACCCCACUGCUGAAGAUGAAGAACAACGGCCGCAACGUGGUAGUGGUCUUCCCGCCCGGCGAGAUGCCCAUCAUUCUCAAGCGGAAGCGCGGCCGCCCUCCCAAGAACCUGCUGCUGGGCCCCGGCAAGCCCAAGGAGCCGGUGGUGGUGGCAGCCGAGGCGGCCACCGUGGCAGCGGCCAGCAUGGCCAUGCCAGAGGUGAAGAAGCGCCGGCGGCGGAAGCAGAAGCUGGCGUCCCCCCAGCCGUCCUACGCGGCGGACGCCAACGACAGCAAGGCCGAGUACUCAGACGUCCUCGCCAAGCUGGCCUUCCUGAACCGCCAGAGCCAGUGCGCUGGGCGGUGCUCCCCACCCCGCUGCUGGACGCCCAGCGAACCCGAGUCCGUGCACCAGGCGCCCGACACCCAGAGCAUCUCCCACUUCCUGCAUCGAGUGCAGGGCUUUCGCCGGCGAGGUGGCAAAGCGGGCGGCUUUGGUGGCCGGGGAGGGGGCCAUGCAGCCAAGGCUGCCCGGUGCUCCUUCAGUGACUUCUUUGAGGGCAUUGGCAAGAAGAAGAAGGUGGUGGCCGUGGCAGCUGCGGGGGUCGGGGGCCCCGGCCUCACUGAGCUGGGGCACCCGCGCAAGCGAGGCCGGGGGGAGGUGGAUGCCGUGACUGGGAAGCCGAAACGCAAGAGGCGGUCCCGGAAGAACGGGACUCUGUUCCCAGAGCAGGUGCCCAGCGGCCCCGGCUUUGGGGAGGCAGGCACUGAGUGGGCUGGGGACAAGGGUGGCGGCUGGGCCCCUCACCAUGGGCACCCAGGCGGGCAGGCUGGCCGAAACUGUGGGUUCCAGGGGACCGAGGCCCGGGCCUUUGCCUCCACUGGGCUAGAGAGCGGGGCUUCAGGCCGUGGCAGCUACUACAGCGCGGCCGCGCCCACGGGCCAGGCGGAGCUCAGCCAGGAGCGCCAAAACCUCUUCACCGGCUAUUUCCGCUCCCUGCUCGAUUCUGACGACUCCUCCGACCUCUUGGACUUUGCCCUCUCCGCCUCUCGGCCCGAGUCCCGGAAGACAUCAGGCACCUACGCAGGGCCUCCCACCAGUGCCCUGCCUGCCCAGCGGGGCCUGGCCACCUUCCCCAGCCGGGGAGCCAAGGCCAGCCCAGUGGCCGUGGGCAGCGGCGGGGCUGGGGCUGAGCCCUCCUUCCAGCCGGUGCUGCCCGCUCGCCAGACUUUCCCACCCGGCCGGGCAGCGAGCUAUGGGCUCACCCCGGCUACUUCAGACUGCCGGGCUGCAGAGACCUUCCCCAAGCUGGUACCCCCACCUUCCGCUGUGGCCCGCUCACCUACCACCCACCCGCCCACCAACACCUACCCCCCACAGUACGGCGGCUAUGGGGCCGGACAAAGCGUAUUUGCCCCGGCUAAGCCCUUCACUGGCCAGGACUGCGCUAACAGCAAGGACUGCAGCUUUGCCUACGGCAGCGGCAACAGCCUACCUGCCUCACCCAGCAGCGCCCACAGCGCCGGCUACGCCCCACCGCCCACUGGUGGCCCCUGCCUGCCACCAAGCAAGGCCUCCUUCUUCAACAGCUCCGAGGGGGCCCCCUUCUCUGGUUCAGCCCCCACACCUCUGCGCUGUGACAGCCGGGCCAGCACAGUCUCGCCCGGUGGCUACAUGGUGCCCAAGGGCACCACGGCCUCUGCCACCUCCGCCGCCUCCUCGUCGUCCUCGUCCUUCCAGCCCUCGCCUGAGAACUGUCGGCAGUUUGCGGGGGCUUCUCAGUGGCCUUUCCGGCAGGGCUACGGAGGCCUGGACUGGGCUUCGGAGGCCUUCAGUCAGCUCUACAAUCCUGGCUUCGACUGCCACGUCAGCGAGCCCAACGUGAUCCUGGACAUCUCCAACUACACCCCGCAGAAGGUGAAGCAGCAGACAGCCGUGUCCGAGACCUUCUCCGAGUCCUCCUCUGACAGCACCCAAUUCAAUCAGCCGGUCGGCGGCGGUUUCCGGCGUGCCAACAGCGAGGCCUCGAGCAGCGAGGGCCAGUCGAGCCUGUCCAGCCUGGAGAAACUGAUGAUGGACUGGAACGAGGCCUCGUCCGCCCCCGGUUACAACUGGAACCAGAGUGUCCUCUUCCAGAGCAGCUCCAAGCCGGGCCGUGGACGGCGGAAGAAGGUGGACCUGUUUGAGGCCUCGCAUCUGGGCUUCCCGUCGUCUGCCUCGGCCACUGCCUCAGGCUACCCGUCCAAACGGAGCACCGGGCCCCGGCAGCCUCGGGGUGGCCGGGGAGGUGGCGCCUGCUCGGCCAAGAAGGAGCGGGGUGGGGCGGCGGCCAAAGCCAAGUUCAUCCCCAAGCCGCAGCCCGUCAACCCCCUGUUCCAGGACAGCCCGGACCUCGGCCUGGACUACUACAGCGGGGACAGCAGCAUGUCCCCGCUGCCCUCCCAGUCGAGGGCCUUCAGUGUGGGCGAGCGCGACCCCUGUGACUUCAUGGGACCCUACUCCAUGAACCCAUCCACGCCGUCCGACGGCACGUUCAGCCAAGGCUUCCACUGCGACUCACCUAGCCUGGGGCCCCCUGAGCUGGAUGGCAAGCAUUUCCCGCCGCUGGCCCAUCCACCCACGGUGUUUGACGCAGGCCUGCAGAAGGCGUACUCGCCUACCUGCUCACCCACCCUGGGCUUCAAGGAAGAGCUGCGGCCGCCGCCCACAAAGCUGGCUGCCUGUGAGCCCCUCAAGCAUGGGCUUCAGGGGGCCAGCCUGGGCCACGCGGCUGCAGCUCAGGCCCACCUGAGCUGCCGGGACCUGCCGCUGGGCCAGCCUCACUAUGACUCCCCCAGCUGCAAGGGUACGGCGUAUUGGUACCCGCCAGGCUCAGCUGCCCGCAGCCCACCCUACGAAGGCAAGGUGGGUUCGGGGCUGCUGGCUGACUUCCUGGGCAGGACGGAGGCUGCGUGCCUCAGUGCCCCACACCUGGCUAGCCCACCGGCCACACCCAAGGCCGACAAGGAGCCGCUGGAGAUGGCCCGGCCGCCCGGCCCACCCCGUGGCCCUGCUGCAGCUGCUGCUGCCUAUGGCUGCCCACUUCUUAGUGACUUGACCCUGUCCCCCGUGCCGAGGGACUCGCUGCUGCCCCUGCAGGAUACCGCCUACAGGUAUCCAGGCUUUAUGCCGCAGGCGCAUCCCGGCCUGGGUGGGGGCCCCAAGAGCGGCUUCCUGGGGCCCAUGGCGGAGCCUCACCCUGAGGACACAUUCACCGUCACCUCCCUGUAGUGCCAACUGAAGUGCCGACUGGACCUCGAGGUUUUGUUCCUGGCUUUCAGAAAACCAACGCCAAGACCCCUCCCAGCGUCCACAUCAUCCUCCUCUGCCUGCCCCUCUGCCUCCUGCUGCCCCCCCACCCCGCACCCCCUGCAGCCCUGCCCCCUGCUCCCACCCCUCCCUGCCCAUCUCCUCCACGCAGAAGCCGAAGGUGAGCCCUUUCUGCACAAAACCAGCAAUUGUAAAUACUUUUUAAAAAUGUACAAAACUUAAAAAAACAAAACACAGUUUUAGAAAAAGACAAAAAAAAGAGAGAGAGAGCGCGCGCGAGUGUGCAAGAGGUUGCGAGCGGGGCCUCACGGUGUCCAGAGCCCCUGCAAGUAUGCACUGAGAAAUUUAUCUACAGGUCGUUUGACAAAAAUGAACAAUAUCCUAUUUAUUGUAUAUACUGUUUUAUUAUAAAUCGUGGAUUGUAUAUUGCAUUCUGUAAACCUGCUGUGGUCCCGUGGUGUGCAAAUUCGCAUGGUGGGGGGGAGGGAGAAGAACCUCUUGCGGGAGCUUUUUUUUUUUUUCUUUUUUUCUUUCUUAUUUUUCACUCUUUUGGGUUUUCUCUUCUGUUGUUGUUGUUUUCUGUUGGCAGG